GCCGGGCCCGGCCGGCCGGCCGGGAGAGCGGCGGGCCGGGGCCAUGCCAUGCCCGUAGGGAGAGAUGCCUUUUGGAAAUGGAGACACUGGAUCACAGCGCAAACAUGGCGUCCCCGCGGCGCGGCUGCCCCUCUCGGGCUGGUGCCUGCUCUGCUCCCUGCUGUGCGGGGGGCUGGCGGCGGCCCGAGCGCCCCCGGCCCCCGACUGCCAGCCCUGCGCCGCUGACUGUACCUGCACCGGCCCCGCCUGCCUCGUCAACUGCUCUGCCCGCGGGACGGAGCGCCCGGGGGCCGGCAUCCCCCCCGCCGCCACGGCGCUGGAUCUUUCCAAGAACAAGAUCAGUGGUUUAGACGUUCAGAUGUUCGAAAGCCUGACUUCUCUGGCAAAACUAGAUAUAAGCCACAACAAGAUUUCUACAUUAGAAGAUGGAAUAUUUGAUAAUUUAUUUAAUUUAACUGAAAUAAACUUAAGUUGGAAUCCAUUUGUUUGUGACUGCAAACUUUCCUGGUUGCCCCGUUGGGUGGAAGACAGAAAAGUGAGAGUUAUUCAGGCAUCAGACACGAGAUGUGCUCACCCUCCUGAGGUGGCAAACCUUUCCCUCUUUGAUGUCUCCUUUGUCAAUACUACUUGUGGAGCUCAAUACAUAUCGUGUCUGACAAACAAUGACACAGAGGAGACUGAGCUUGUCAUCCUUUUCACAUCUGUUCACCCUGGGAACCUCACUGAGGAGACUUGCAGUGCGCUCUGUUAUGCCAAAGACCAGGAAUAUGGAGGUUUCAGCACCCAGGGGCAGUGUUUGUGUGGUACUGCCCACAAAACAAACUCUUCCAUCGGUUGUUUGCCAUUUUGCACUGAGCAUUUGUCCGGGCAGGCCUGUGAUGGCCCAUCACUCAUCCCCUCUCCCUUCCAGGCACAGCUGUCUGUGUCUUUUAUCGGACUCCAGCCCCGGUACAGCCUACACCAGGCCGUGCUCUUCAAUGUCAGUAUUCCCAUUGCUGUCAGCACUUUACUGUGGGAAUUUGGGGACCAGACAGUUCUCAACACCACUGGAAAUACAGCUAUCCACAUGUAUGCCUUACCUGGGCAGUACAAUGUCACUGUCUCCAUCUUUGUGGGCACCAAGGUCUCAGAUGUGCAGGCAGAAAUUGAGGUGGUGGCUUCACCCCAACAGUUAGAACUACAGUGUCCUUCCUUGGUCAAGACAAAUGAGAGUCUGGACAUACGGAUCCGCAACAGAGGUGGCACUGGCCUGUCAGUGCUGUACAGUAUCACUGCAGAGGCCGGAGAGCUGGGCAGAGCAGUUCACCCCAUGUGCCCCACGGAUGGCUUGGUUUUCCUGGGCAAUAACCACUGCUAUCGGCUGGUGGUGGAGAAGGCAGAAUGGUGGGAAGCCCAGCAGCACUGCCAGGAGCACGGCAAUGGAGAGCUGGCUUUUGUGAGCAGCCCAGAGAUCCAGAGCUUCUUGGUCACUCAUGUCAUCAGGAGCCUUGAUGUCUGGAUUGGAUUCAAUGAUUUUGCAAGCACUGGAGCACAGCAAAGAGGUGAAGGAUUUAAUCUGGAGAGCUGUCAGAACUGGCUGCCAGGAGAACCCCAUCCGUCAAAUGCUGACCACUGUGUCCGGAUGGGCCCAACGGGCCAGUGUAACACAGACCUGUGCAUGGCCAAGCACAGCUACGUCUGCGAGUACAAGCCCAAAGGAGUUCUCUUAAAUGCUGAAAACUUCUUUGUGGGAGACCCUGCAUUUGACACACAUGAGGCUGUGAAGAAUGUGACAGAGGAUAAUGGGCUGUCAGCUCCAUGGCGAGCUGUGGAGGUGAUGGUGUUCCCUGAGCUGGCCUUCAGGCAUGAGGGGUAUUUGAGUGCCCUGGAGUUUGUGACACAGGAACUGCAUCAACCUGUCCAAGUGAGGUUCCAGGUGCAUAGACGGAUAGAUGAAGAAGACUACCAGGAGGGAAGAAAUGCUACAGAACUAUUCUUCGCUGCUCAGGAUGAUGGGAACUGGACAUUAGUUGAAUGUCCUCCUGGUUUCCAGUGGUGUCAUUUGACUAAUCUGUGCUCGCCACUAAACAACUGCUGCAAUGCGACCGAGUGUGCCAACAGUUCUCUUGCCAGCAGCCGUACCCCCAUUUCCCUUCAGCACAAUGAAAGCCAUCUCAGCUAUGAACUCAUCAAGGAAUUUCACUUUACAGUACCAGCUGGUCCUUCUUCCCACUAUCUGGUCACAUUUAGAAAAGAAAAUAUUUUUGUCAGGGCUGAGGAUGUCUUCAGUAUCCAGCACAACGCAGCCUUGGGGCUGCUCCUGCAGUGCCGGCCGAGUACCACAUCCCCUUACAGAACCAGCGUCUUAAGCACAGACUCUUCAGAGUUGGCACUUGGCCUGUUGGAUGGCUCCGUUGGUGUCACCUGGAGAAACAGCACUGUGUGUCACCUCCGAGUUCGCUAUGCAGAGGAGCAGCUGGUCCCGCUGAUCAGCCCCCACAACGCGGGGCUGGAGCAUCCCGGUCGCUACACGGUCAGAGCCAGCGUGGACAGCGGAGUCUUCAGCGCCAACCUGUCCUGCAGCUUCCAGGUGGCUUCCCGGGUGUCAGGCCUGCGUGUCAUCCACCCCCCUCCUCAGGGCAGCAGGGUCUACCUGCCCUCCAACCACACCACCCUGCUCGUCAAACUCUCGUCGGGGGUGAACGCGACAGCCAGCUGGCUGGGGGACAACCGCACCUUCCCCUUCGAGGGCUCCUGCCCAGCCGCUUUUGCACCGCUGACAGCUCACUGUGCCCGGGAGACCAACGACACCUGGUUCGCUGUGGUCAGCCUGAGCGGCCUCAGGGAGGGAGUAAGCACCCACGUGCUUGUUGCAGAGAACUCCGUGAGCUCCCAGAACAUCACCAUCACAGUGAAAGUGGAGGAGCCCAUCCGCGGGCUGCGGGCCACCCCUGACCCUGAGAGCAGAGUCCUGCUAAAUACACGAGUGAGCUACGUGCCUGUGAUGGAAGCUGGGUCAGAUGUGACUUUCCGAUGGACAGUAGAUGAUAAGCCAUCUUUCACUUUUUACAAUGUUGUCUUCAACGUUAUCUACCAAAGCCCAGCUGUGUACAAGCUUUCGCUCACCGCCUCCAACCACGUCAGUAACUUUACGGUCAAUUACAAUGUCACAGUGGAGAUGAGGAAUAAGAUGAAGAACCUGACUGUGUUGGGUGUCCUGCCAGUCCUCCCUCAGAACAAGACCGUGGAGCUUACAGCAAGAGUUCAGGUUGAUUCAGCUGUGGAUGCUAAGUUCCUGUGGGAUUUUGGAGAUGGCAUCCAGGAGACAUACCUGUUCAAGCCUCCCUACAACAAGUCUUUCCUUGUUCCUGAUCCCAGUGUCCAUGAGGUUGUAAUUGAGCACAAUGUUUCACACGUCUAUCAAGACCCAGGUGAAUAUGCCUUGGUGGUUCUUGUCUCAAACCAGUUUGAGAACCUCACCCACUUCACCCCAGUUCACGUCCACAGCUCUCUGAUUGAUGUGAAGGUGGAAGCAGAGGAGAAUGUUUUAGUUGUGAGCCGUCCGGUCACCUUCAGAGCCAGCCCAUUGCCGUCUCCUUACGGCGUCGUGUACACUUGGGACUUUGGGGAUGGGUCCUCACUGUUCACAGAGACCCAGCCCACAGUGACGUACAGCUACCCCAGGAGAGGGGUAUACAACAUCACCCUCACAGCAAACAAUACUAUAAGCAGUGUGAGGACAGUGGAGUGCUACCAAGUGUUUGAAGAGAUAACUGGGCUCCGUGUUUCUGCAGAUGAGGCAACAGAGCUGGGAGCAUCUGUGACCCUCAAUGCUUCAGUGCAGACUGGGGACAGCAUCACCUGGAUAUUUGACAUGGGGGACGGGACGGUGCUGAGGAGUCAGGUGCCAGUGGUAGAACAUGUGUACGUAAAGGACAUCAACUGCACCGUGAACGUGACAGCUGUCAAUCCUGUGAACUCUGUCUCCCAAACCGUGCCUGUUCGUGUCUUUGUCCUGGAAGUACUCAAAAUAGAGCCUGCUUCCUGCAUCCCUGAGCACCCAGAUGUGCAGCUCACUGCGUAUGUGACGGGGAAUCCUGAGGAGUACAUCUUUGACUGGACUUUUGGAGAUGGCUCAUCCAACAUCACAAUCAUUGGGGACCCUGUGGUGAUGCACAACUUCACCCGAAGUGGGACAUUCCCCCUCUCCCUGACUCUCUCAAGCAGGUUUAACAAGGCUCACUAUUUCACCACUGUCUGUGUGGAGCCGGAGAUAGUCAAUGUCACCCUUCUCCCUCCCAAGCAGUUUGUGAGGCUGGGUGAGGAGAGCAGCUUCCAGGUCAGCGCUGUGCCCCUCUACCAAUACCGCUACCGCUGGGAUUUCGGGAACAACGAGUCAACUAGGUCAAGUGGGACUGAAGUGACCUACACCUACAAGAACACAGGGGUCUUCCUGGUCACCGUGACUGUCUCCAACAAUGUCUCGUUCAACAAUGACACGGCGUUUGUGGAAGUCCAGGAGCCAGUUGGGGUGGCAAAGAUUGAGUAUAAUGGGACAGACGUUUUGGAGCUGAACCAGAUCUACCUGUUCUCUGCCAGCAUGAACGGAACCAAAGUGAGUUAUUGUUGGGACUUUGGGGAUGGCACUACCCAGCCUGGGCAGAUUGCUACCCACUCCUACAACAACACGGGCCAUUACACUAUUAGUGUGGUGGGCCGGAAUGAUGUCAGCUUUAAUGAGACCAUCAUCGAUGUCACCGUGAAGCGUCGGCUCCAAGGGCUGACCAUCAAUGCCAGCAGGACGGUGGUGCCAUUAAACGGUUCGGUGAGCUUCGUAGCCACACUUGUAUCUGGCAGUGCCAUCCGCUACUCGUGGAUCCUCUGUGAUCGGUGCACUCCCAUCCAAGGCUCCUCCACAAUUUCCUACACUUUCCGGUCUGUGGGCACGUUCAAUGUCAUUGUGACAGCAGAGAACAAGAUCAGCUCCUUACAGGACAGCAUCUAUGUCUACGUGCUGGAGCAGAUCGAAGGCCUGCAGGUGGCCAGCAGUGACCUGGUGGAGGACGUGUAUUUCCCAACCAACAAAACACUCCACUUGCAGGCAGUGGUGAGGGAGGGAACAAACAUCUCUUACAGCUGGGUAGCCCAGAGGGAUGGCAAUGCUGUGCAGACCUCCACUGGGAAAACCUUCUCCUUGAGCAUCCCAGAGGCUGGAAACUACACUAUCUAUCUGAAAGCCACUAAUAUGCUGGGAUGUGCAACUGCUAACAAGACACUGGAGUUUAUUGAAAGUAUUGGUAUUUUAAAGCCUUAUGCAUUCCCUAACCCAAUUGCUGUUAAUGCCUCUGUUAACAUAAGUACCACCAUAACUAGUGGCAGUGGCAUCACGUAUGUGUGGUACCUAGAGGAUGGUUUCUCUCAUGUUACCUCUGAUCCCUUUAUUAUAUACUCCUUCCAAAGCCCUGGAGUGACGGAGGUCAUCAUUCAAGCAGAAAACAAGCUGGAUUCAACCAAUGCAACAGUCUCUGUCUAUGUAGAGGAGGUCAUAGAGGGGCUGAGUAUAGGAACUGCAGAACUGGACUGCAGAUAUGUCUCAUCAGGCUCCACAGUGGUCUUUGAGGGGGAGCUGCAGAAAGGGACCGAAGUGACAUGGCUUUGGGAGGUGCCAAAUGGCACAUUGACCGGCCAGUCCGUGGCAGUCACGUUCCCCACAGCAGGGUUUUAUACAGUCUAUCUGAAUGCAUCGAACGACAUCAGCUGGGCUCUGGCCAGCAGGAAUAUCUCAGUGCUGGACAGGAUUCAAGGACUGGAGGUUCUUGCCAGCAAGAAGGUGGUGGAGCCGGGGGAACAGGUCACUUUUGUGAUCAGGAUGUUGUCAGGUACCUCUGUAAGUUACUUGGUGAGCAUCAGUGGCGACUACUCUGUGGUGCUCAACGGGUCCAAGUACACACAUGAGUUCACUGAGAGCGGUGAUUAUUUGGUGACCGUGACAGUGCAGAACCAAAUCAGCAUUGCACACGCUGAGGUGCUCAUCUCUGUCCUGGAGGCCAUCCAUGGUGUCAGGCUCCUGAACUGCUGUGAGGAGGGCAUAGCCACGGGCACGGAGAAGAGCUUCAGCGCCCAGGUGGGGAGCGGCUCCCGUGUGUCAUUCUCCUGGCAGUUCUCCCUGUGGAAAGAACGAGGUCGAUCUGUGGUCACUGCGGCGGGAGAGAGUGUUUCCUACACUCCAGAAGCUGCAGGGUUGCUUGAGAUUCACCUCAAUGCCUUCAAUGACUUGGGAGGUGUCAAUAUCACCAGAACCAUCCAGGUCCAAGACCCGAUAAUCCAAGUGUCCCUCACUGCCUCCAAUGCCUUUGUCAACAGGACAGCACUGUUUGAAGCAGCGGUGAUGCCCAGCAGCAGGACCGUUGAGUUCUUGUGGACUUUCGGGGAUGGCUCUGCUACUCAAACAACCAGGGUUGCAGUGGCCAACUAUUCUUACCUGAGCCCUGGGGAUUACUUGGUGGAGGUGAAUGCCACCAAUCUCAUCAGCUUCUUCAUAGCCCACCUCACUGUAACUGUCAAAGUCUUGGAGUGUGAGGAGCCAGAGGUGGAGUUAGCCUUGCCCCCUCAAGUAGUCAUGAAGCGGUCUCAGAGGAACUACCUGGAGGCACAGAUUGACCUCCGAGGAUGCAUCAAGUACCAGACUGAGCACCUGUGGGAGAUCUACCAAGCGUCCAGCUGCAUCAACUUGGAUGACUCCAGCAGGAUCCGUCUGCCAAACGUUGAUGUGAACAGGCCCCAGCUAGUUAUACCGAAGCUUGCCCUGGAAGUUGGGAACUAUUGCUUUGUCUUUAUUGUCUCCUUUGGAGAUACCCCACUGUCCAAAAGCAUCUUUGCCAAUGUAACUGUAAUACCGAGUAAGCUAGUGCCAAUCAUUGAUGGGGGAUCAUAUCGUGUAUGGUCCAACACUCAGGACUUGGUCUUGGAUGGGGAGAAGUCCUAUGACCCGAACUUGGAUGAUGGUGAACAGACUCCGUUGUUAUAUGACUGGUCUUGUACAUCCUCCUCCAAGCAGAGCUCGGCUGCAGGGUGCUCUCUGAAUUUCAGUGCCAAGGAAGGAAUUGUCACAAUUUCCAAAGCUGUAUUAGAAGCAGAUGUGGAGUAUACUUUCGACCUCACCGUCAGGAAGGAGGGUAUGAGUCCCGAGGCAACAAAUCAAACCGUAUUUAUCAAGAGGGGAGGAGUCCCUAUUGUGUCCCUGGAGUGUGUUUCCUGCAAGGCUCAAUCUGUCUAUGAAGUUAGCAAGAGCUCCUAUGUCUACCUGGAGGGGACUUGCCAGAACUGUCACAAUGACUCCAAACUUGGGAGAUGGGCAGCACACAGCUUUAAGAACAAAUCUCUCAUCCUGGACAAAAGAACUACCUCCACUGGCGACACGGGAAUGAACCUGGUCCUCAGGCAAGGGGCGCUGAAGGAUGGGGAGGGGUAUACUUUUACCCUUCACAUCACAGACCUGACAACAGGGGAGGAAGGAUUCGCCUCCAUCGAUCUGCUCCCCAACCAGCCACCCGUGGGAGGAUCCUGCCGGCUGUUUCCCAAGGGCCCCCUCCGGGCCCUGAUGGCAAAGGUGCACUUUGAGUGUGCAGGCUGGCGAGACACAGAGGACGCGGAGGGGCCGCUGGUGUACAUCCUUCUGGUGUCCCGCCGCAGGGACGGCCACUACCACGAGUUCUGCGUGUACAAGGGGAGCCGUGCCGAGCACAGCGCCUUCCUGCCCCCGGGCUUUCACGAGAGCGGCUUCGUGGUGUCCGUGUCGGUCCUUGUUCAGGACCAGCUGGGAGCGACCGUGGUGGCCGUUAACCGCUCCAUGGAAAUUGGCUUACCCGAGGGCUUCCCCAGCCUCUCCCACUGGCUCUACAAUCAAACUGACACCGUGCUCCAGGGCUUAGUGAAACAAGGAGACCCUCAACAGGUCAUUGAGUACUCUCUGGCCCUCAUCACCAUCUUAAAUGAGUACGAGCGCUCUGUGCUUCUGGAACCUGAGACUGCAAAUGAAUUUGAACUCCGGACCUGGACCCGCAACAACAUCACAGAGACCCUGAACUCGCUGAACGUGAACACGGUUGAUGAUAUCCAGCAGAUCUCGGCUGCCUUGGCGCAGUGCACGGUGGUGAGCAAGGAGCUGGUUUGCAAGUCCUGCCUGACAAGGACCUUGAACAAGCUGGAGACCAUGAUGACUAUUCUGCAAGGGGAAACGACUCAGGGCACUGUCACGCCGACUCGCAUUGCUGACAACAUCCUCAACAUCACAGGUGACCUAAUUCACCUUGUGAAUACGGUUUCACAAGAAGCCAAGCCCCAGGAGCUGCUUGCUGACUCCCACAAUUUGCUGCUGGCUCCCAAAGCCUACAACCUGUCUUCCAGCCUGAUGCGGAUCCUCAUGAAGUCUCGAGUGCUGAACGAAGAGCCCCUUGAGCUGGUGGGAGGAGAAAUUAAGGCCACAGGCAAACGAUCUGAUCCCUUUAACUUGCUUUGCUACGAAAACACACCAAACUGCCAGUUCUCCAUCCCCCAGGCAUUCAACACCACCCUUUCCAACCUGACAGAUGUCAUUCAAGUCAUGUUCCAGGUGGACUCCAAUCCUUUCCCUUUUGGUUACAUCAGUAACUACACCGUGUCCACAAAGGUCGCCUCCAUGGAGUUUCAGACACACAACGGGGUGCAGAUCCCCAUUGGGAGCCUGGACUCUGAGAAAGCCAUCACUGUAAUGGUGUCAAACAACACAGAUUCUGACAAUCUCUCUGCUGGCACGGAAGUCAUCGAGGCAAGAACAUCCGUGAACCUCAUUGUGACUAUGGAGAGCAACAACAGAGAAGCAGGACUGCACUUCCAGCUCACUUACAGAGUCCUGAACGAUCACUACCUUGCAAGUGAGCCUGAGCCGUUCAUCAUGGCUUAUCUCCAUCAUGAGCCAGAGCCCAAUGAGCACAACUGCAGUGCCUCUAAGAAAAUCGGCCUGGAUGCCCUGGCUGGAAGUGACCACAAGCUCUACACCUUCUUCACCUCACCCAGAACUGAUGACACCAUCCAGAAAUACUACUUCAACAUCACAAACCAUUUCAGCUGGUCCCCUGUGGAGGUGACCCUGGGGCUGUACACCUCCCUCUGCCAGUACUUCAGCGAGCAGGAGAAACGCUGGAAGACAGAAGGCAUCAUCCCACUGGAGGAGACCACGCCAGACCAGGCUGUGUGCUUAACCCAGCACCUCACGGCCUUCGGGGCCAGUCUGUUUGUCCCCCCAAACUCUGUCCAGUUCAUCUUUCCUGUUCCAGGUCCAGGUCUCAACUACAUCGUUCUGCUGACAUGUGCCGUGUGCUUUGUGACCUACUCGGUGGCAGCGCUGAUUGUGCACAAGCUGGACAUGAUUGACAUUAACCGAGUCGGGGUGAUUCCCUUCUGUGGCAAGAAUGGGAUGUACAAAUAUGAGAUCCUGGUGAAAACUGGCUGGGGCAGAGGAUCAGGUACCACGGCCCACGUGGGGAUCGCCCUCUAUGGCGUGGACAACAAAAGUGGUCACAGGCACCUGGAUGGAGAAAACGCCUUCCACCGCAACAGCCUCGACGUGUUCCAGGUCGCGACGGAGCGGAGCCUGGGCAGCAUCUGGCGCAUCCGCAUCUGGCACGACAACAAAGGACUCAGCCCCUCUUGGUACCUGCAGCAUGUCAUAGUCCGGGAUCUGCAGAGCAGCAAGAGCUACUUCUUCCUGGUGAACGACUGGCUGUCGGUGGAGAGUGAGGAGAAUGAUGGCAUGGUGGAGAAGGAAGUUUAUGCUGCCAGUGAGACGGAGCUGAGGAGCUUCUCGCGGAUCUUCCUGGCAGAGCUGCAGCGAGGUUUCUUUGAGAAGCACGUGUGGCUGUCCAUGUGGGACCGCCCGCCUCGCAGCCGCUUCACCCGUGUCCAGAGAGCCACCUGCUGCUCCCUCCUCAUCUUCCUCUUCCUCUGCGCCAACGCCGUGUGGUACGGCGUGGUGGGGAACGUCCACCUCAGCAAUGGGGCCGUUUCCAACCUGAUCCCUGUCAAUGUGGACACGGUAGCUGUUGGUCUGGUGUCCAGCGUGGUGGUUUACCCUCUCUACCUGGUCAUUUUGUUUCUCUUCAGGAUGGCUCGUAGCAAGGUCUCAAUCAGCCACACCGUGACUCACUCAGACCAGCAGUCCUUGGAGAUUGACAACUACCUGGACUCUUCAAUCCUUGAUAGCUCCUUCCCCACCUUCCCUGGGCUUCGGGCAGAGGCCUUCUCAGAGCAAACUAAACCAGGUCUGUUUUUGGAGGACUCCAAAAGCCUCAUGCAGUGGCCAUCCAGUGAGGCCCUGCUCAGCUGGCCAGACCUCCUCAGUGAUCCCUCCAUCAUGGGCAAUACCAUCCAGAAGCUGAAGAGAGGCCGGGCCAGCCGCCACCUUGGACUUGAGGCUCCAUUGUCAACUGAGGAGGACAGCUUGUCACUUGGCCUUCACCAGGGACAGCCCCGGUAUUUCUCUGCCUCAGAUGAGGAUCUGAUCCGGCAGAUCCUGGCAGAUGGAGCGAGCGGCAUCUCCCACUCCCAGGACCUUGGGCCAUACAUGAGGGCUGAAACAGAUCUGAUCUCAGGCCUGUCCAGUGUGUUCGGGGAGAAGGUGGAGACUGUCAUGAUGCAGAAGCUGAAUGACAAAGGCCAGAGCAUGGCAGCUCCUCCCAGGGAAGUGAGCAGAUCGGCCAAGUCAACCUGGACAGUUGCAGACCAAACAUUCAGGAAGCGCUUACUCCCAUCCUGGUGCUCUUACCUGGCUCAUGGGAUCAGUCUCCUCCUCUUUGCCACCUCCACAGGGGUCUCUGUGUGGAUCGGGGUGGGCUUUUCUUCCAGUGUUGCCCUUAUGUGGCUCAUCUCAGGGAUAUUCAGCUUUCUGGCAUCCUUCUUGGUCUGGGAGCCCCUGAAGGUCCUGCUGGAAGCGCUCUAUUUCUCACUGGUUGCCAAGCGCUUGCACCCAGAGGAGGACGAUACCUUGGUGGAGCAUCCGUUUGUGGAGCAUGUUUCUGAGAAGAUCAGCAAAGUUCGACCCCCACAGGGGUUUGCCCUUUUCCAGGCCAAGGAGGAGGCCAGGAAAGUCAAACUGCUACAUAGGAUGCUGAAGAAUUUCCUCAUCUACAUGAUGUUCUUGCUGGUGAUCCUGCUCACCAACUACGGAGACGCCUCCCGCAACAGCAGGGCCUUCCUUCUGCAGAGCUCCAUCAAGCAGCAGCUGGGCAGCAACGAGUUCCUCCGCAUCAAGAGGUCAGAUCAGUUCUGGGUCUGGAUGUCGCAGGUUUUCCUCCCUUACCUCUACAACAACGGCUCGGGGCAGGAGAGCCACAGCACCACGCUGGGGACGGCCCGGCUGCGGCAGCUCAGGCUGCAGGAGGUCGAGUGCCCGCGCAGCGCCCAGGACGUGCUGCAGGCCGUGGGCACGGCUGCUGGGAGGAGCUGCAGCGCCGCACGCGGCUUUGCCACCGCUGACUACGCGGCCGGCUGGGAGAGGCCGGCCAGGAACGCCACGGCUGCCUGGGCCCACUCGCCACCCGACCUGACUGGGGUCUGGUACUGGGGUUACAUCUCUUUCUAUGAUAGCAGCGGUUAUGUCCAGGAGCUGGGGACUUCGCUGGAGGAAAGCAGGGCUCAGCUCAACUUCCUUCAGCAGCACUCCUGGAUUGACAACAUGAGCCAGGCAGUCUUUGUGGAGCUGCUGCAGUACAACCCCAGCGUGGACCUGCACGCUGCCGUCACCCUGCGGCUGGAGUUCCUGGGGGCCGGACAGGCCACAGCCGCCGUCGCCGUCAGCCCCUUCCCGCUGCUGCGCCUCAGCGGGGGGGUCACGCUGCAGCUCCUCAUGAUGGUCUUCCUCAUGAUGUUUGUGGUCUACUUUGUGGUGUCUGAGUCACUGGCCAUCAAGAAGGAAGGCAGAGCCUACUUCACCUUCUGGAGCAACUAUGGCCAGUGGGUUUUCAUCCUCCUCACCACUUGCACCGUGGUGGUGCACCUCAGCCAGGCCACCCUUGCCGACCAGCAGUGGCUCAAGUACCUCAACAACCGCAAAGGUUUCACCAACUUCUACCAGGUGGCCUUUCUCAACACUGUCUUCGGCACCUUGGCUGCCUCCCUCCUCUUCCUCCUGACUGUGCAGGCUGCCCAGCAGCUGCGUUUCAUCAGGCAGUGGUCUGUGUUUGGGAAGACCUUGCAGAAGUCUGCGAAGGAGCUGACGGCUGCAGCGCUGGCGUUCGCCGUCCUCAUCCUGGCCUACGCUCAGCUCGGCUUCCUGCUCUUCUCCUCUUCCUCGGAGUCCUUCCGCAGCGUCGGCAGCAGCCUCCUGCUGCUGUUUGCCAUGCUGCGGGGCAGCGUCACCCUCCGCCCCUGCCUGCCCGAGGCCUCGGGCCUCUACUACCUGUUCUGCACCAGCUACAUUGUCCUGGAGGUGUGGAUCGUGCUGAGGCUGUUCACUGUGGUGCUUAUCUACAGCUACCGGGAGAUGCACUUUGAGCUGUACCGCCCGGCCUUCGAGCCCCAGGACUACGAGAUGGUGGAGCUCUUCAUGCGCAGGCUGAAAAUGUGGAUGGGCUUCAGCAAAGCCAAGGAGUUCCGGCACAAGGUGAGGUUCGAAGGGAUGGAGCCGCUGCCGUCCCGAGACUCCAGUGACUCCAAGUCCUUCCGGGGCCCCACUCCCAGCGCGGCCUCUGACAGCUCCAGGGCCUCCACCUCCUCCAGCCAGCUGGACGGGCUGAGCCUCGUGCUGAGCACCCGGGACAGCCUGGAAGUGGACGCUGACAUCCAGCGCCUCCUUUCCCUCUUUGAGAUGCUGCUCGCCCAGUUCGACCGGGUCAACCAGGUGACGGAGGACGUGUACCGCAUCGAGCACCAGCUGGAGGGCUCUCGCAGCCGCCGCUCGGGGAGGAGGGACGCACAGGGGGCCGAGGCUGUGCCAGGCCACUGCUGCACCGGCGGCACAGAGCAGGGGCCAUCCCCCGAAAUCAGCCCCAGCAUGGACCCGCAGCUCCUGCGGGACGCCCCGCCGUGCCCCCACGCUCCGGCUGCCUCCCUGAGCAGGGGCUCUGUGCCCACCCGGCUCCUUCGAGCCAGCAGAGGUGUCAGCGUGGCGGCUUCUGCGCCGCCCUCACACAAACCCUACACUGCUGGAGCUCCGGCGGUGAAGAAGAAACGGCCCCUCCGGGCCAAGAACAGGGUGCACCCCACUGUCAAGUAGCAGCGGCAUGCUGGGCAUUACGGGGAGCAAUGCCCGGGAAGGGCCGUGCAGAGGGUGGGCUGUGCCCACCCUGCAGACCUGGAGCCUCAGGAGCUGCCGCUUCUGAACGCUCCCACCGCGGUGGCUGUGCUGCCGGGGCGUGCGGGGCUGCUGCCCGCAGCGGGGCCUGCGUGGCCACCGUCCUCCAUGGGCCUGGCCCACUGCAGCAGCCACGCUGAUUCCCUUCGGGGGCUCCCAGCGCUGGGGCUGGGUGGAGAAGGCCGAACCCGGCCCUGGGGGCCAGCGGGGGAAGGCUGCGGGGUGCAGGCAGCACACAGAAAGCCCCCGUUCGGGGGGUGUGAAGAAGUUGUCUCUCGGGUUAAACGGCCCCAUCUGAUGGUACAAAGCUCCCUCCCCUCCCCGCUGGCUGUGCCGGAUGGAAGGGGGAGGAGAGCCCAAGGCCUUGGGGAUUUGAACCGAGUCUUGGAUUUUUUUCGACCAGACACACUGUGGAGGAAAGCUACAGGUUUGGAGAAGAUAUUUAACCUUUUUGAAGCAUAAGAUAUAUAUAUAGAUAUAGAUAAAUGCUAUCUACACCCAGAGCAGUUAAUUAUUUCCAGUAUUGGCUACUUUUUAUCCUCCAGAAAUUGGUACUAUUCUUUUGUAUUUAAAGAAACCCAAUAUUUAAAAGCAGCGCCGUGGCAAAGCAGCAGGAGCUGCCGGCCCUGCUGCCGGCCAGGCUGCGUGGGGGUCCCGGCUCGGCCCGGCCCGCGGGGCUGCUGGUGGCCCCGGCUGCGUGGGGGGUUGCCGACGUGCUGGCUUCGCUGCAGGCCCCCAGCGCUCGCCCCCCGCGGGGGGGGCUGCUGGCUGCUUGGCUUCUCUAACCCCAGGAAUGUAUUGACGUAAGUAUAUGUAUUUUUUCUCUUGGUUUACUUGUUGGUAUGUACCGCCCAGCACUUUAAACAAUGCUUUCCUCGGCUAACGAUGACACACGCGGCCUAACAAGAACGGGAUAAUAUAUCACAGAAGCAGUAUUUUUGUUGUUGAAAUCCUAAAGUGAAACGAGACGUGCUGAGGAAGCGAAGGCAGCUCCUGCCCCGGCCUCUGCCCCGUGACAGGCACAGGGGAAGCCUCAACGGAGCUUUGACAGGGUCCUCCCUGUGCCGCGGGCACCCCUGCGCGCCGUGCCGGGGCUGGAGCCUCCCCGGGGCUCUGCCUUCGCCUCCUCAGCGCCGUUUCACCUUAUGUAUAGUGUAAAUAAUUUAUACAGUCUGGUGGGUUUUUUAAAUGUAUAUAUUUUUGUAUGUUUGCUAUAUUUUCAUAGCAUCGGUAACGUGUUUGAAACGUGUAGAUAGCAGACAGAGCACUAUUGUCAGAGUUAUUUAAAGGAUGUAUUAAGUGCUUCUUCCUGGGAAUGUCCCGUGUAUAUAAGGUAUCGGGUGUCUGUGUGCAUGCGGUGCGUGUGCUCUCCUCCCAGGAGCUUUGGCCGGGCUGGCUCUGGUUAGUUGGGGGGUUCCCAGAACCUGCCCCAUACUCUGGACACGGGAGAGAGGGAAGGGAAGCCUCAGGCGGGGCUGCAGGGGAAGGCAACUGGCCUUAGGCCGCAUCUUGCCUCUGGUGCUGGUGGUCCUGGAGUGUCCUGUCCUCCCCAUGCCCUUAGCAAGACAGGCCAACACCUCCACUAACACCACUUCUUGGCGGUGUUAGACACUUGUGAAGAUUUCAUUCCGUGUCCCUUGCAUGGAGGAGGACACAGGGGUGCUCUUUGUGAUGGUGAGAGGUACCUUUGAAAAGCUCAGUCGAUGAGAAGGAUGGGUGCUGUGGGAAGGUUGCAGGAGGAUGCAGGCAGGAGAAAACAAGCGUGUCUGGAAUUCUGUGCUGUAGCUUGAAGGAUGACUUGGAGUGCAAUGGUGGUUGGUCACCAUAGAUGAUGUUAAAGGAGCAGAUGGCACAGAGGGAAGUGCAGUGCAGAGGGGAGAAAAAGAAUACUAGUAACUGAGAAUCAUUUGGAACAGGCAGGAAAGGCAGUUGGAAGAGGAGAUGACAGAAGUGGCUGGAGUUUAGGUGAGGUAGCAAGCGAUGGAGGGCUCUGACAUGGCAGCAGCAGCAGGGGCCUGGGGCAGGUGCGACCAGCACUGAGACCACAGAGCCCAGGAGCGCCAGGGCUGGGCCAGGGACUGAGCUUGGGCAGCUUUGUGCAGAGUGAGUUGUUUCACAAACAGCCCCAUCUGCUGCAGAACUCGUCUGGUUUUUCAAGCCAGAUACUUAAAACCAUUGGCCUUGGGGUUUUUUUCUUUCCUUACGGAAGCAGCACAGGUAUCAGGCUCAGCUCAGGUACGUGUCCAUGACUCUUUGUUUUGGUGCUGGUGCCUGAAAGCCUGGCCCAGAGCCCCUGAGGCAGUAAAAGCAGCAGCUGUGGCUGCACCAGGGCCACGGUUGGCAUGGCCCUGGGCACGCAGCUGCACUCACAUCCCUCUGCCCGCUGCCCCUCUGGUGUCUCCUCCCUGGGGCGAGGAAGGACGGAGUCAUAAAGCAAAGUCCUGGCCAGUGGGCCCAGCACAGGCCCUGGGUGAAUGGUGGGAGCUCAGUUCUAUACCUGUGCUUGGAGCUGAAGUGAAGGGACGGCACCAGAGAAAUGUUCAUUUGCAUAAACAGCAACUACCCACAAAGACAAAGGCCGCUACUGCUGCUGCCUAAGCACGCAGGAAUCUUUAUGGCCAGCACAGAGAUGGAAAAAGGAGAGGAACCACAGGAAAGUUCUGCCUGGCGUGUGCUGCUGGGUGGGCCGCUCACUCUGCCUCCCCUUUGGGUUCUGGCAUGGGAGAUCCAAACACAACCGCCCCUUACCUCCUGCUCUGCACCCUUGCAUCCCGUCUUGCUGCAGUGGGGUGUCCAGCGUAGGUGCAGCCACCCCUGAGGGCCUCACAGGAGCUGCCCACGAGUGAAACGAACCAAGCAGGUCUUGGAAAUCUCUGGCACAUUCAAGAGAGAAAGUUCAGUUCCCAAUCCCCAGUUGAGUUCUCAGCCCCUCCCCACCUUGCAUGUGCUCCGGAGAGAGUGUGAACAGGAGCUGAGUGCAGGAAGGAGGGACAGAGGUGAGAGUGAGUGGGCAGCAGCUGUGGAGGAGCACAGGAGAAGCGAGGGGGCUGGAGGAGCAGGGAUUCUACCCCCAUCCUUGGGGAAGGGGCAGGACUCUUGUUCCCAAGUGCCCAUUUCUUCUCAGUUGUGCUCUGCGGGUGUGUGAGUGGGACUUGAUGCGUGUGACCGACUUACCAAGUGCUUCUUCUAAUGAAAGAGGAGCAGAACAGGGAUAAGACAACUGCCCUACUUCUUCCCUUCACUUGAAGUAUGGAGAGCAGCCCUGGAACCCACAGUUGAGUCUGGAAAAGCCUCAAAGCUCGCCUCAGCGAGGGCGCUUGCAGGGGCCUGGCCCCGGGGCAGCAGCAGGGCCUGGGCCUGCAGCAGGGCCUGGGCCUGCAGUUCCAGCCGCGCCAGCGAGACACUUCCCUCGCAGCCCCAGCCCCUCACUGUUCCUGAAUGUAUAUUUCUGUGUUUGUAGUCACCGAGAGAUGGUUUCUUAUUUAUUGUCUUAAGUCUCACAAACAGUACCAAGCUGCUUAAAUAAAACCCCUUAUCCAUUAGUUUCAAAGGGAGAGGGAGGGACUAUCUAAGUGCUUUUUUCUUGAAAAAAACCAACCAACCCCAACCCCAGGUGAUUGUGACCAAUCUGCCAACUGUUACUGUCAGAUCAGCACUUCACUGCAAACAAAAAAUACCAUGUUUUGUAACUGUGGGGAUGUUUCUUAAAAAAUGACAAGGUCAAAUAAAAGCUGACUGCUA